AUGACGACGUUGGACCCCUGUGCAAACGCUCCCCCCACUCCACCUGAAGAGCCCCCCCCCUUCCCCGACAAAAAACCACGACGGAGGGUGGAGCCCACGGGAAGGAGUAAAGGUGGGGGUCUGACCAGACUGUAUGAUCUAGAAGAGCAGGACUCUUCCACAGAGGAGCAGACAGAGGAGCAGAGUGGGAGGCUGCGGAGGAGGACCACCCCCAGAGUCCCGUAUCAGGCUGGAGACCCGGACUACGUCAGCCGCAGACAGAAGGAGGAGUGGCUCAGUCGCUGGAAGAUGGAGGUGGGACCUACCGAGAUUAUAAUCUGUUUAUAA